UAACUGCUUUUCACAGCUACAAUAACAGUAGUGGCCAUUACUGGAGUUUUGUUGUGUCUUUACGGACGCUAACAGCCUUUGAAACGUUUGAUAAAUAACUUCGUGACGGUUCUGUACCGUGGAAAGAGGCGUAAGAUCGCCCAGCACCAAUCAAGAAUUUCGGAAUUUUUUACUCUGAUAAAUCGAAAAAGACAAGAAUGGCUACAAAAGAUCAUGUCGCUGGCUAUGCAAAGUAUUUUGGGAGUAGAUUUGCAAACUUAUCUCCAGAAGCAACAACAGAGGAGCAGAUAAAAGAUGUGUACAAAGAAUGGGCGAGCAAGUUUGAUGAGGAAAACUCUAACGCACGGAUCGUCUGCCACAAGCCCCAAGCUGAAUGCUUAGACUCUGCCAUUAAGAAAUACCUGGACAAACCGAAAGAGGAAAUUAAAAUCAUUGAUUGUGGAGCUGGCACGGGCAGGGCUGGUGUCGAGCUCAACAAACUUGGGUACACCAACCUGUGUGCUCUGGACAUUUCACAAGAAAUGUUGGAUGAGGCGAAGAAGAAAAAAAUCUACCAAAAAUUUAUCUGCGCCCCUCUAAAUGACCAGCAAAGUCCUGAGGUUAAAACCGGAGAGUACGACGCCAUGAUUUGCAUUGGUACGCUGGCUUCUGCGCAUGUCAAACCUGCAGCUUUGGUUGAAAUGAUUCGGAUGAUCAGGACUGGUGGUCUGGUGAGUUUUAACAUUCGGUAUGGUGAGCUAGAAGUCUACCAACCAAAAAUGGAAGAGCUGGAGAAAGCACGCAGCUGGGAAAAAGUAUCUAAAGAUACAGUGCCUCAGUUUGAUGUAGAUGACAUGCCUCCGACUUCUACUUUCUUUGUUUACAAAGUCUUGAAAUGUUAGUGCUACCACUAACAAGACCACAACGAGGAUGAAGUAGAUGAAUCAAAUCUUUUGAGAAUAAAACACAG